UUUAUUCAUAUGCUCUCUUUGCUCAACAGAUACAUGGCGUAAAACCUAUUUCAACUUGCUAUAGUUCAGGCUCCUAUUCAAAGAAGAUUAACGUUCAUUCAUCAGCAGCAAACUUCAUGGAUGAAGUAAACUAUAAAAACUUACUGGCCACAUCCAUACCUAAGGAAGAGGCCAAACUAAUGUCUGCCCUGAAACACAAAGAAGCUGAGAGGAAACGGCGAGUUCGAAUCAAUGGUCAAUUUGCAGAACUCCGCACUGUCCUUCCGAACUUAAUAAAGAGGAAGAAAGCAUCGGUUCUUGCAGAGACAAUCAAAUGUCUGAAAGAUCUGGUGAACACCCUAUCAGAGCUAAAAGAAAUAUAUGGUGUUGGCAGGUUGAGUUCUGUAUUUUCUGGUGGGACUGACAUGUUAAGAGUAGAGUACAGCCCUGGGCAGGGCCUAAAGCUUGUCAAGGUCAUGUUAAGCUGUGAGGAUAAAAGGAAGCUAAUGUUUGAUAUUGCAAGGGCAGUGAGGUCAGUAAAAGGGAAGUUGGUGAAGGCAGAGAUAUCGAUAAUGUGCGGGUGGACUGAGUGUGUUUUAUGGGUGCAAGGAAUAAAUAGCUAUCAACAGUUGCAGAUACUUAAGACAGCUUUGGGUGCUGUUAUUGAGCCUAAAAGGCCAAAUAACAAGCCACAGCUCUGUUGGUGAUCAUUUGCAGUGUCAUGGGAGUUUCAGAGUGCUGGUUGAAGAAGGCUAAGAAUUUAAUACCAGUAACAGUAGAAGGAGAAUGCAUAUAAGUUGACGAACUUGUUACAUAGGAGAAUUGGCCAGUAUGAUACAAUCUAUUAAUU